UGAUAGGCCAUGGAGUGCCAGUAUCAACGCAUUCGGUUCGAGAUCUAGACGGCCGAGAGAAACAGAAGACGAUCGCGCCGGAAUCGCGUGUUCGGACGCCGGUUAGCGCGCGACCGGCGAUCUUUUUUCUUGGUUUCGCCGCCUACUGUGAUCCGAAAGGAUAAGCCGGGAUUGUUGGUUGGAUAUUGGGUCCUAGUCUCGCGUUUGUUUUUCAGAAUUUAUGAUUUGUUGGUGGAUUGUUAGCGAGAUUAUUUAGGUGAACUUUUUGGUUACUGGGAGGUUGAUUGAGAUUCGCUGAAAAUGCUGGAAAGAAUCUAGUUGAAAAAUCGCCGAUCCCAGUGGAUGCCUUUCUACGGCUUGUGGCGCCCCAGGUGCUCCGCCCCUCUCCUGGUGGCGCUUGCCCUCGCUACGGCGACGCUGGUGGGCAGUGCGGAGAUCUGCGACUUUGCGUCGACGAACGUUCUGUCGGAUGGCGAGGUGGAGACGAGGCUCUGCUACAAGGGGGUGUGCGCCAAGGAGACCACCGUCGGGAAAGGCUGAUCUACGACGACGAAGAUCAAGUGAUAGACUGCGAGUUCGGCCACGAUAGAGGCCAAACCGAAUCGUUCCUAUUUAAUUUUAAGAGAGAUCUAAGUGAUCUAGCAGCUACCUCAAACGUUACCAUGGAACCUCUGGACGGCAGGGACGCUCCAGAAGAGUUCCUGUGGAUGAACUAUACGCAGCUCAGGAAGGAGACGGACAGGUGCUGUCGCAAGCACGAUCUGCGCUGCCCCUUCUGGAUCGAGGGGUUCGAGACCAAGUACGGGCUGUUCAACUGGCGGAUGAACACGCUGAUGCACUGCAACUGUGAUGGACGGUUAGUAAAGGCAUGCUUCUUCAAUUUGGUAGGUGAUGAAGAUAGGGGUCUAGUUUCAUUUUAG